UCAUCUACUGACUUGACUCGGUUCACACAUAUCCAUCCACCCUGCCAUCCAUCUUUUUUUUUUUUCAUCCUACAAGUACAUAGUAUGAGCCUUUCUGCCAUCGAAUCUGACCAAGACGAACCCCCUACAGCUAAUUGCGACGAUCCAUCAUCUUGUCGUCCAUCUCUCCCUCGCAUGAAGUCCUGUUUAAAGUCCCCUUCUCAUUCUGGUGCUGCCACUCCCGUCGACUCAGAUACAGACGAUGGCUCUCUUUCACUCUGCAAGAAACAUGUCGCAUUUUCAGAGGAAGGAACAGAGCAAGUCUUUCAAGCUGAUGAAUGGGACCGCACACCCACAGAAAUCGCACAGCGCCUCUCAUACGAGUGAGUCACACGACCAGUCCCCCCAAUUUUCAUACUCACCAUAAUGCGUAGGGACGUGCUUGAGCUGAAAAUGA